AUGUCUUCAGAAGCUAAGAUUGAAAUCUCCGAGAGCGAAAGCUCACACUCAUCGCUCGCAAAAGUAGAGCAGCAAAUUGAAUUAGAUGUUGAUAAAGAAUAUUCGUUUUUAGGCAUGUCUGGCCCCAAACUAAACUAUGCAAUCGCCACUUUUGCCGGUGUUGGGUUUUUGCUAUUUGGGUAUGACCAAGGUGUUUAUGGAAGUUUGCUAAGCUUGCCAUCUUUUGAAAAUCAGUUUCCGCAGAUCAAAGCCUCGGUGAAUAGUACAUUGCAAGGGGCAGUUAUCGCAGUUUAUGAACUAGGAUGUUUGACAAGUGCCUUGUCUACCGUGUACCUCGGUGAUAAAUUAGGAAGGUUAAAAUGUAUGUUUCUUGGGUGCAUCAUUGUUCUUAUUGGUGCUGUAUUGCAAGCAACUGCAUUCACCGUCCCACAUUUGGCUGUGGCUAGAGUCAUCACAGGGUUUGGAACAGGUUACUUAACUGCAACAGUUCCAGUAUGGCAAUCGGAAUUGAGUCGGGCACGUUCCAGAGGUAAAUUAAUCAUGAUGCAAGGAAGUUUAAUUACAUUGGGUAUUGCCAUCUCUUACUGGAUUGAUUUUGGCUUCUACUUCAUCAAUCGAGCCAGUGAAGACUCAAAAGGUAUCUCUUGGAGAAUCCCCGUUGUUUUACAAGUUGUUUUUCCCAUCUUGUUGAUGCCAGUCUGUUUCAAAUUACCAGAAAGUCCUAGAUGGUUGAUGUCAAAGGGAAGAGUGCAAGAGGCUAGAGUUGUGUUUAGUGCAAUCUACGGCUUACCUGCAUCACACGAAAAAAUCACAGAACAAUUGACAGAAAUUAAGAGCUCACUAGAACUCGAGGCUUCUGCAGCUUCGGGGUUCAAAGUUUCGGAAUUGUUCAAGCAAGGACCAACAAGAAACUUCCACAGAUUAAGUUUGGCUUGCUGGUCACAAAUCAUGCAACAGAUUUCAGGUAUCAAUUUAAUCACCUACUAUGCUGGUACAAUUUUUGAAAACUACAUUGGUAUGUCGGCUUUCAACGCAAGAAUCUUGGCAGCAUGCAAUGGUACUGAAUACUUUCUUGCCUCACUAUUUGGAAUCCUACUCAUUGAAAGGGUUGGAAGAAGAAGAUUAUUGUUUUUGGGUGCAAUUGGUCAAGCCUUAACAAUGAUGGUGCUAACAAUCUCAGGCUGGCAAGCAAAGAAACUAGGCGAUGAAGGUCGCGAUAAUUCGGGUGCGGGUAUCGCCGCCGCCGUCUUCUUGUUUGUGUUCAACUCUAUCUUUGGCAUGACUUACCUUGGUGGAACAUGGCUAUACCCUCCAGAGAUUUCGUCUCUACAGUUACGUGCUGCCACAGCGGGUCUUAGUACCGCAAGUAACUGGGCGUUCAACUUCUUGGUGGUUAUGGUGACGCCCGUGAUGUUUGCCAAUAUCGAUUACUAUACAUAUUGUGUUUUUGCUUGUAUCAAUGCGCUUAUGGCAGUGGUUGUUUACUUCUUUUACGUUGAAACGUCUGGAAGAACCUUGGAAGAAAUGGAUUACAUCUUCAACAAGUGCCCCGUCUAUAGACCUUGGGAGGUUGUGAAAAUAGAGAAAAACACACCAAAAAGAGACCACAAAACAGAUGAAAAAGAUUUUGAAAAGCCAGAAGUCGAGCAUCUUGAUGAGGUUAAUAGCAUGCUUGAGUAA